GAGUUUAGCUCCGCCUCUUCCGCGCUCUCGACGGAGACCUGCAGGUGGGGGUGCUCGCGGCCGUUCCCGCGGUGGUCAACUAAGAUGUUCUUCAUCUUGAAAGCCAAGUGAUGGACCCCUUGUGUUCCAUCUCUGUGCUGGAAGAGAUGAAGCAGAAGCAGGUGUCAGACUAAAGGACACUGGCUGGACAGAGGCCAGCAGGUAACUUUCUGUGGCUGGAAGACACCAGUCUUGGGAUUCCUCUGAGACUUCAAGUUAAAGAACCUUGUGGUUCCAAAAACAACUCUCCCUCAACAAGUUCUGUUUACAAGGAAACCUUACCCAUUUGUCCCUCCUGGCGCACCUUCUUCCACUGAGAUCCAUGCAGAAUAGACCAGAGAUGGGCAGCAGUGAGCCCCUUCCCAUCGUGGAUUGUGACAAGAGGAGAAAGAAGAAGCGUAAGACCCGGGCCACCGACUCUCUGCCAGGAAAGUUUGAAGACGUGUACCAGCUGACCUCGGAAUUGCUGGGAGAAGGAGCCUAUGCCAAAGUCCAGGGUGCUGUGAGCCUACAGAGUGGCAAGGAGUAUGCUGUCAAAAUCAUCGAGAAGCAAGCCGGGCACAGUCGAAGUCGCGUGUUCCGUGAGGUGGAGACACUGUAUCAGUGUCAAGGGAACAGGAACAUUUUGGAGCUGAUUGAAUUCUUUGAAGAUGACACACGGUUUUACUUGGUCUUUGAGAAAUUGCAAGGAGGCUCCAUCCUAGCUCACAUCCAGAAGCGGAAGCACUUCAAUGAGCUAGAAGCCAGUAGAGUGGUGCGGGACGUCGCCACUGCCCUUGACUUCCUGCACACUAAAGGCAUUGCUCACCGUGAUCUGAAGCCAGAAAACAUACUGUGUGAAUCUCCAGAAAAGGUGUCUCCGGUGAAAAUUUGUGACUUUGACUUGGGCAGUGGGGUAAAGUUGAACAACUCCUGCACUCCCAUAACCACGCCAGAGCUGACCACUCCAUGCGGCUCUGCAGAGUAUAUGGCACCUGAGGUGGUGGAGGUCUUUAGGGACGAGGCUACUUUCUAUGACAAGCGCUGUGACCUGUGGAGCCUGGGUGUGGUCCUCUACAUCAUGCUGAGUGGCUACCCCCCCUUUGUAGGUCACUGUGGGGCUGACUGUGGCUGGGACCGGGGAGAGGUAUGCAGGAUGUGCCAGAACAAGCUGUUUGAGAGCAUCCAGGAAGGCAAAUACGAGUUUCCUGACAAAGACUGGGCUCACAUCUCCAACGAGGCCAAAGACCUCAUCUCUAAGCUCCUGGUUCGAGAUGCGAAGCAAAGACUCAGUGCUGCCCAAGUUCUGCAGCAUCCAUGGGUACAAGGGCAAGCUCCAGAAAGGGGACUCCCCACGCCGCAAGUCCUUCAGAGAAACAGCAGCACCAUGGACUUGACUCUCUUCGCAGCUGAGGCCAUUGCCCUAAACCGCCAGCUGUCUCAGCAUGAGGAGAAUGAACUGGCCGAGGAACAGGAGGCCCUAGCCGAGGGCCUCUGCUCUAUGAAGCUGUCCCCUCCAUCCAAAUCUCGCCUGGCUCGAAGGCGAGCCCUGGCCCAGGCUGGCCGAAGCCGAGAUGCAAACCCAUGUUUGACACCGGCAGGGCUCUGAACCACUGCAGGCACUCCUUGUAGGCCUGUCCCAGCGGUGCCCCCUGAAAACCUGUAAGGUCAAAGUGUGAAGCAGGCAGAGGGACCUGCCCUGCAGCCCCUGCAGGCCUUUACCAUCCACAAAGGCUCCCGGGUUCCCACCCAUCCCCCAUUUCCCUGGAGUCUUCAAAGGAGAAAGCUUUUUCCAAAGGGGUUGUCUUUGAAAAGGAAAGCAAUCACUAGUCACUUUGCAUAAUCGCCUGCAGCAGGACCGUCUCUGCCGGGCUCCAAAGGCUCCCGAUGUGCAGAUCCCGGAUCCAGCUUGCGGUGGGGGCUGCAGGGGCUGCAGCCUUCAGGGAGUCCGGCUGACAGAAGCUGUGGACAUGCAUGCCUCUUCCCUGCACUGUCACCUUCUUCUGGCGAUCCUCCCACCUUCCUCUGUCCUACAGACGUCCUCUCUGCCUGUCCUCUCCCUGGCUGAGCAAAGCCAUCCCCUCAAUUCAGGAAGGGCAGGGAACCAGAUCACUCUUCCGGUCUGUAGCACAGAGAAGCUCAUAAUCUUUCUUUGCCGUGACCGAAAUGUAUUCCUCAUUUAUCAUCCUCUUCCAUGUUUGGGAUUGCUGCUAAAGUCAGUAUUAUUUCUUUUUAAAAAUAUGUUUGCUUAUUUAAACCGUGUUCUUCCAGCAAUCAUAGAACUUCAAACUCACACUGCAAGCCCGUAGAUAUUCCCCACGCGGAUAUCCACGCACUUGGGUUUUAAUCCUCUCCCCGACAGUCUCAACUGAUUUUAAGCUGUUACUAUGAUGAAAACGUUAGAGACUGGUGUCUUUGCAUCGUUGUCUGCCGCUGCUCCUCCACAAACCUAGGGUAGUCAGACUGCUGUGUCUGAGAGAAAGCCCUGUGCCCUGCUAUGAGGAAUGCUGUGCCCUCUGCCCCAGACAUGAAGGCACAGCCACUGGAAAAUAAGCUGUGGAGUCACGUAAAACAGAUUUGCAUAUAUGACAUACAAUAUUAGUCAACCACAAUCACCAAAAUUCUCUCAUAACUUGUGCUUGUUUUAAUAAAUAAUUUAAAAUUC